GUGAGCGCUAAUUGAUGACCUGACCACACAAUGCUAGCAAACGUUUUCCUAUGAACCAGCAUCGUUCGGGUGUGCGAAACAUGCCGAUGAACAACAACCAGAAAGUACGGAGUGCAGCUGCUAGACUCGCCGAGCUGCCAGUGGUUCACUCAGCUUGUACCAAGCUGUCAGUCUUGUACACUGUCACUAAAUGCAGCCACCCAAACCUGAAGACAGUGUGUGAGGUGCUGGAGAACAGUGUGACAGCUUUAGGCACAGCGGCCUGUAUCAGAGUUUCACCUGUCAUUGUUAAACUGGAGCCACAGAUUUCCACUGCAAAUGAUGUGGCAUGUAAAAGUCUUGACUGGCUGGAGACUACAUUCCCCGUGCUCCACUCCCCCACCGAACAGAUUGUUGCCACUGCCAAGAACAAGAUAUAUGAGAUCCAGGAUGUGGUAAGCAUCACGGCUAACGGAACCAAGGACUGUGUACAGCACACAGUCACAUGGGUGAUGGAGAGGAUGCAGCCGGGUGAUGACGGGAUUGAUUCGACCCUUGUGGAGAGAGCCAUCAGUGUGGCCAUUGUGGGACUGGACUCUGCCCUGAGCAUUUCAGAGGCUCUGGUAGACCAAGUGCUUCCUCCCUCUGAGGAAGAUAGAAAAGAACCAGCAGCUCACUUGGUGGAGGGCUUUGAGGCUGCGACCCUCAGGAGAAAUUACCCUGCACGAGUGGUUUCACUCACUGCCAAGCUGUGUCAGAGGACCUACCACAUGGUUGUGGCCAAGAUGCACUCUGUUCAGGUCAUGGAGACUUUGUCCAGAUCUUCAACUCUGGUUCUGAAUCUUCAGACAAUCUGGCUGACCUUGAUCCAGAGUCUCCAAGGGCUGCCUCAGUACCUGCAGCAUCAGGCAGUGUCAGUGUUGUUCUUUAUCUCCCAGAUGUACAACCUAAGCUGCCCACCGUCUGAACAAAACCACUCUAGCCAAGUGAAAAGUCAUCUCAAUGCAGCUGAGUUCUCCUCACCUCACAAGGAUGUGGUCCAGGUCCCCCCACAGGCUACACCUACCUGCCGAAUGAGGAGGCCUCAAAAAACAUCUGUGUCUGACAAUGGGUGUAAUGUUAAGGGGUGUGUGCGUCGUUAAUAUAGAGUAUUAUUUGGCAUACAACUUGUGUGUUGAAUAUAUGUCCUACAACUCUCACAGU